CCGCCUCUGGACGCGUGUGCCGUCGUCGCCGUGUCCCUUUGGACUACCCGUAAUCUCGGCCCGGCUGAUGCUCCCCGAUUAUCUCGCCAUCUCCCCGUCUCGCACAGAGCGCAGCAUCCAAAGAACACAAGCGCCGCAGGCUUAAUUCCGUAACUCGACUUAAUUUCGCUGUUUUCUUGUUAUAUUUUCGAAUCGUUUGGUGUUUUCGGGAAGUAUUCGGGGUCAUCUAAAAUUAAAAGUGUUUCCAAGUUUCUAUAAUGUGUCAUUCCGAUCGUGCGUGCGUGUUAAGUAAUGCAAACAAAUAAAUGAUAAUGAUAAAAAGGCGAUAAACGUUUAAAGCUCUGAAGAAGAAAAGAGAUUCGUUUAAUUGCGCAUCGCACUGCGGAGAGAGAAAGUGCCCGCGGAGUGCCAGAGUUCAGGAGCGGAGACGCCUCGCUGACAGGUUCCUGCUGUCUUCCAUAUUGCACCAUCGCUCAUCGCUCAUCUCUCAUCGAGGAGCCAUCAAAGUUCGGCAUCCCGGCCCUUGGUUUCAUCACAUGGCCGACGACGACUUGCGGGCUCUGGUCGACAGCCUGGAUGACGCCUCGCAGGAGGACCUGGCCAAGGUCAUCGCCAACUUCUCGCUGGACAUGCUGCAGCGGGCCAGCGCCCUAAUUGGCGCCCAGCAGCCGCACAGUGGGGCGCUGCUCCACAAUCGCACGCAGCAGUGUCAGGAACAGGGGGACCUGGAGGCACUGACAGCUGGUGGCGAGCGGAUUUUACAAUGUCCCAGUUCGUUCGAUUCGGUUCUGUGUUGGCCCCGCACAAAUGCCGGCAGCCUGGCUGUUUUACCCUGUUUCGAAGAAUUCAAGGGUGUGCACUACGACACCACAGAAAACGCCACUCGCUUUUGUUUUGCGAACGGAACCUGGGAUCGCUAUUCGGACUAUGAUCGUUGUCAUCAGAACUCAGGUUCCAUACCCGUAGUGCCGGAUUUCUCACCCAAUGUCGAACUGCCGACUAUAAUAUAUGCCUGUGGUUAUUUCCUAAGCUUUGCCACCUUGGUGGUGGCUCUUAUCAUAUUCCUCAGCUUUAAAGAUCUGCGUUGUCUGCGAAACACCAUUCAUGCGAAUCUAUUCGUAGCCUAUUCCACCUCAGCCCUCCUUUGGAUUCUCACCUUGUUUCUGCAAGUGAUAACAACAGAGUCUAGUCAGGCUGGCUGCAUAACGCUGGUCAUCAUGUACCAAUACUUCUACCUAACAAACUUUUUCUGGAUGUUUGUGGAGGGCCUCUAUCUGUACACGUUGGUGGUGCAAACGUUCUCCAGUGAUAACAUUAGCUUUAUUACCUACGCCCUGAUAGGCUGGGGCUGCCCAGCUAUAUGCAUUUUAGUGUGGUCCAUUGCCAAGGCAUUUGCCCCACACCUCGAGAAUGAGCAUUUUAAUGGGCUGGAAAUUGACUGCGCCUGGAUGCGUGAGUCUCACAUUGACUGGAUUACUAAGGGACCCGCCUCACUGGCUCUGCUUGUUAAUUUAGUAUUUCUCAUACGCAUCAUGUGGGUACUCAUCACUAAAUUGCGAUCUGCUCAUACGCUGGAAACGCGACAGUAUUAUAAAGCCUCGAAGGCGCUGCUGGUGCUGAUCCCUCUCUUUGGGAUCACCUAUCUGGUGGUGCUAACUGGCCCGGAACACGGCAUCAGUCGCAAUCUCUUCGAUGCCAUAAGGGCCUUCCUCCUCAGCACGCAGGGCUUCUUUGUGGCGCUGUUCUACUGUUUCCUAAACUCAGAGGUGCGCCAGACGCUGAGGCAUCGCUUCAACCGAUGGCGCGAGAGCAGGAAUAUCCACCGGAACAGCUCCAUCAAGAAUCGCAGGCAUCGCGCCUCAAAAGACUACUCGCUGAGAUCGCGAACCGAAAGUCUACGCACGGAGGAAUGUGUGAUCUGCCUCCGUCCUUCGCCGCACACGCGAUUGGGAUCUCUUCAACGCUACCACAGCAUCGAUAUUACAGAUUUUGUCUAGGUAUUUUUCUUUUGUGAAGGGCAAUUUUUUAGUCCACUUUGUUGCGCUUCAGCUGCUUUUUAACUGCCUCGAAAUAAUGCACUCUGUGUCUUAGAGCAAAUUUAUCUCCAGAUAGAAUGAAAGCGCUUGCUGCUAAAGACUUUUCGAUCUUCAUUACAUCUUUAUUUCAUCU